AUGGCGGCUAUAUACCCCAUUUGAACCUUUCAAUCUUGUUCUUUACCAUAUACAUAUAUAUACACGAACCAUUUUAAUGGGGUUGACGAUUGAAACAUAUAUAUUUUUUGCAUGCAAAACAUAAAUCAAGGGAACAUAAACUAACAAGCAUAUAGUAUAUUUUUACAUGUGUAUGGUAAAGGUGGCGAAUUCAAAAGACAAAGUGGUUAUCAAAAGUGAAUUCAAUGAUCAUACUAAAUUGUCAACUGAAAUGAUCUUUCCAGGUUUGAAUAGGGAUAGAGAAAUGUCUGCAAUGAUCUCAGCUUUGACUCAUAUCGUUUCUGGAGAUGUUCCAACCCAAAGUGACGCUGAUAUAGUUCAUCAUAAUAGUGCAAUUGAAGGAAGGGUUGCUUUUGCAACAAAUAUCAAUAACAAUAUGUCUUCUCCUUCUACAACACAAUCUUUGUCUUCUCCUUCUUCUUCAUGUUCUUCUCUCAAGAGAACUAGGGAAGAUGAUAGAUUUGUUGGUGAUUUCAAAUUCCUCGGUGGUUCCUCCCCUGCUUUGCCAACAACAAUUGCAGAAAGUUCAAGCAUUAAUAGGACAACAACAAGAAUAACAAGAGAAAUGGGGAAUGCAGUAUACGAAUAUAAAAGAACAGAGAAUGUAGUAAGAGAAGGAGAAGCAAAGAGAAAAUACAGAGGAGUAAGACAGAGACCAUGGGGAAAAUGGGCAGCAGAGAUAAGAGAUCCAUUCAAAGCAGCAAGAGUAUGGUUAGGAACAUUUGAAACAGCUGAAGCAGCUGCUAGAGCAUAUGAUGAAGCUGCUCUUCGUUUUAGAGGCAACAAAGCCAAACUCAAUUUCCCUGAAAAUGUUACACUUCGUAACCCUCCACCAGCUACUACUACUACUCAAUGGAACGUUUCGAAUUCACCGAGUUCGAUUGUUUCUAUUACAACUUCUACUGAUCCUGUUGUUCAUACUAGACCUUUUCCUAACUCUUCUCAGCAUUCGACAAACUUUUAUGAUCGUUUUCAGUUUUCGGGUAUUCCUCCUGCAAGGAAUGUUUAUGAUGAUAAUGUGAUUAGGGCUUCUUCUAUGGCUUCUCAUCUACAAUCUUCAUCAUCGUCGCCAGCUUCUUCUUUGUCAUCAUCUUCUUCUGCAUUUGUUUCUUCUAUGCAGGGCAAUACUUCAGUUUCCUCGUAUUUUUCUACUCAGUUGCCACCUUGGUCUACUUCGGAUCAGAGCUCUUCUCCUUCUUGAUGAUUAAUUUUCAAUGAAUCACAGGCAAAAACAUGGAUACCAAACACGAUACUGAUACUGAUACGCCUGUCUGAAGUGUCGAUGCUACAUCGUCCAUUUUUAUCUGGUGUAAUUUUUGGAUACCAAACACGAUAUUGAUACUGAUACGCCUGUCCGAAGUGUCAAUGCUACAUCGUCCAUUUUUAUCUGGUGUAAUUUUCUUGAAUUUAGAUCAUGUGCACCUCCUCCUGCUGAAGAUCCAAACACAAAUUUGCUCUUUUAUUACAUUUUAUAUUUCCAAUACUAAUGCAAUUCAUUCGCAAUUCAUGACAUUUUUUGUGGUGAUAAUUUUUCUAGAAAUGCAAAUUUUAAUUUUUCUUUGUUAGAUAGUAGUACUCAAUAUUUGAAAGAAAUUUGAUUCCCUACCAAUUGGAGUAAUUGUAUUUAGUUUGCAAGCUAUGUUCCAUUGUUUUGAAA